AUGCAACUGUCCUUGGGUGCUGCUGCACCCCGUCCGUCGACAGGCCCUCAUAAGCUGAGGGAGUGCCUUCCGCUCAUCAUCUUCCUGCGGAACAGGCUGAAGUAUGCUCUGACAGGAGACGAGGUCAAGAAGAUCUGCAUGCAGAGGUUUAUCAAGAUAGAUGGCAAAGUCCGCACAGAUAUCACCUACCCUGCAGGCUUCAUGGAUGUCAUCAGCAUCGAGAAGACAGGUGAGCAUUUCCGCUUGGUGUACGAUACCAAGGGCCGGUUUGCUGUUCACCGCAUCACAGCUGAAGAGGCCAAGUACAAGCUGUGCAAGGUGAGGAAGAUCUUUGUGGGCACCAAAGGAAUCCCUCACCUGGUCACCCAUGAUGCCCGCACCAUCCGCUAUCCGGACCCCCUCAUCAAGGUGAAUGAUACGGUCCAGAUUGACCUGGAGACAGGCAAGAUCACAGAUUUCAUCAAGUUUGACACAGGUAACCUGUGCAUGGUGACCGGUGGUGCCAACUUGGGCCGUAUUGGGGUGAUCACCAACCGGGAGAGACACCCUGGGUCAUUUGACGUGGUUCACGUGAAGGACGCCAAUGGCAAUAGCUUUGCCACCAGGCUCUCCAACAUCUUCGUUAUUGGCAAAGGCAACAAGCCGUGGAUCUCCCUGCCCCGUGGAAAGGGCAUCCGCCUGACCAUCGCUGAAGAGAGAGACAAGAGACUGGCAGCCAAGCAGAGCAGCGGCUGA